AGCGAUCACACACUCCCCGCUCGGAGCCGAGAGAGAGCGGAGCGAACCAAGCCGCGCACACGCCGCUGCCGCCCAGUGCGCCCGGCUCUCCCUGAGCGGCGCUCCAGCCUGGAGCGGGUGCCCCGAGCGGCCACCCGCCCAGCCCGGGCCAGCUCAGCUCCGCGCUGCAGCAUCCUCCAGCCGCCAGGUCCCCGCACGCUCCCCGCCUUUUAAAAGGACCUCCCGCCGCUUCCUGGCUCUGCCCCGGGAUCCCCCAGUCCCGCGCUCCUCCUUGCUCCACUUCGCAGCAACUUCGGCGGCCGCGCGCCACCAGCUCUUGCCCGCCUUUGAAGUUUGCGACGUCGGCCGCAAAGUUGGGACACUUAGGCCGGUUUAAUUUUUCUCUUUUAACUGCGUCCUCUACCCUACCACCCCCCACCCCAAGUCCCUUUGGUUCCUGAGUACUGGUGCUUAACAUCUUGGCCGGAGCCGGGGACUUGGACUGUUUCGCACGCCACACCUCGGGGAGGGAUAUUUCCUCUUCCCUCCCAGGAAAAACAAACAUUUUUUUAAGGAUGGUGCCUCUCCACUGGUGUCUGCUGUGGCUGCUGUUACCACUCGGCUCAAGGACCCAGAAGUUACCCACUCGAGAUGAGGAACUUUUUCAGAUGCAAAUCCGGGACAAGGCAUUUUUUCAUGAUUCAUCAGUAAUUCCAGAUGGAGCUGAGAUUAGCAGUUAUCUCUUUAGAGACACACCUAAAAGGUAUUUCUUUGUGGUUGAAGAAGACAAUACUCCACUGUCAGUCACAGUGACUCCCUGCGAUGCGCCAUUGGAAUGGAAGCUGAGUCUCCAGGAGCUGCCCGAGGAGGCGAGUGGGGAAGGCUCAGGUGAGCCUGAACUUCUGGAUCAGCAGAAGCAGCAGAUCAUUAACGAGGAAGGCACAGAGUUAUUCUCCUACAAAGGCAAUGACGUGGAAUACUUCAUAUCUUCCAGUUCUCCGUCUGGCUUAUAUCAGUUGGAGCUUCUUUCAACAGAGAAAGACACACACUUCAAAGUAUACGCCACCACGACUCCCGAGUCUGAUCAGCCCUACCCGGAAUUACCUUAUGAUCCAAGAGUCGAUGUCACCUCCCUGGGACGCACCACGGUCACUUUGGCCUGGAAGCCCAGCCCCACGGCCUCUCUGCUGAAACAGCCCAUUCAGUACUGUGUGGUCAUCAACAAAGAGCACAAUUUCAAAAGUCUCUGCGCAGUAGAAGCCAAACUGAGUGCAGACGACGCUUUCAUGAUGGCUCCCAAGCCCGGUCUGGACUUCAGCCCUUUCGACUUCGCCCACUUCGGAUUUCCAUCAGAUAACUCAGGGAAAGAACGCAGCUACCUGACAAAAUCUUCUCCAAAGCUGGGGCGGCAUGCCUACGUCAGGCCCAAGGUGGACAUCCAGAAAAUCUGCAUAGGAAACAAGAACAUCUUCACCGUGUCGGAUCUGAAACCCGACACGCAGUACUACUUUGACGUCUUCGUGGCCAACAGCAACAGCAACAUGAGCACCGCUUACGUGGGCACCUUCGCCAGGACCAAGGAGGAAGCCAAACAGAAGACAGUGGAGCUGAAAGAUGGGAAGGUUACAGAUGUGUUUGUUAAAAGGAAGGGAGCAAAGUUCCUACGUUUUGCUCCCGUCUCUUCUCACCAAAAGGUCACCUUCUUUAUUCACUCUUGUCUGGACGCUGUCCAAAUCCAAGUGAGAAGAGACGGGAAACUCAUUCUGUCUCAGAAUGUGGAAGGCAUUCGGCAGUUUCAGCUGAGAGGAAAACCUAAAGCCAAAUAUCUCAUUCGACUGAAAGGGAACAAGAAAGGAGCUUCUAUGUUAAAAAUACUUGCUACCACGAGGCCGAGCAAGCAGUCAUUUCCCUCCCUUCCCGAAGACACACGAAUCAAAGCCUUCGACAAGCUCCGUACCUGCUCCUCAGCCACUGUGGCGUGGCUGGGCACCCAGGAAAGGAACAAGUUUUGCAUCUACAAAAAGGAAGUGGAUGAUAACUACAAUGAAGACCAGAAGAAAAGAGAGCAAAACCAAUGCCUUGGACCAGAUACCAGGAAGAAGUCAGAGAAGGUCCUCUGUAAAUAUUUCCACAGUCAGAACCUGCAAAAAGCAGUGACCACAGAAACAAUUAAAGGUCUUCAGCCUGGGAAAUCUUACCUGCUGGAUGUUUAUGUCAUAGGACAUGGCGGGCACUCUGUGAAGUAUCAGAGUAAAGUCGUGAAAACCAGGAAGUUCUGUUAGUUACCGUGUAGAGAGAUAUAUAUUAUGUAGAACUCCAGGAGAGACAUCAAAUCACUUUAAGUAUACACUGACUACUCCCACAGCUGAGAAAAGUUGUGACCUGUACUUGUGCUAUGGAAAGAAGGAUAUCCGCCUGUGUCUGUGGCUGUUUAUAUAAGUAAUUGCUGGAAGAGACUUGGUCUAGUGUGCCCCCGUGGUACCUAAGGUGUGUCUGAUGUCCGCUGAUGUCAAAGAUAGAGGACAUCUUGAAGGAACUGCCAUCCUUUGCUUUGACCACUGCAUGGACUGCUUCUAAAUUAUUUUAUUACCUAAAAAUUUAAAUACGCUAUUCAUUGCACACAUCCACAAAUGCAAAUCAUUCCUCUCAAUAGAUGCUAGGAUAUAUAUAUAAAUUAUUUUAUAAAAUCUUGUUUUAAAUGUCAGUGUUUCUAUGAUUGUAAACUAUUCCAGUCUUUCCCUGUUAAAGUACAGAGCUAAUCUAAAUAUAUUAAGUGGACAGCCCUUUAGUCAGUCAUAUUGCUAUUGUAAAUUCUUAUCUGUUGAGUAAAAUGUUUAAAUGCUGUAUGUAUCUCAUGUACAAAGUUGACAUACAUUAUAUUCAUGUAUAUAAAAUUAAAGAUAUUAGAUUAUAUACUGUUCAUUUUCCCAAGCAGC